AUUGAAUCAAUUAUAAAAGUCACAUACAUGCUGUUUACCAGCUCAUGACUUAAAAUAUCAAAACAAAAAACCAACCACCAGGCUCCUCCAAUCUCAUCUCUACUCUCUGCCCAUCUCUAACUUCCAUUGCCCCACUCACGAUAAAAUCAGAAGCCCAGGUAGACCACUCUGCUCCAUCUCUACGACAAUGGCCUUUUCACUCUGCUCUACAAAGACCCUCCUCUUUCUCUUCCUCAUCUCAGCCAUUCCUAUUGCCUUUAUUAUCUCCAUGGAGCUCGCCAAGCCGCCAACCCACGUGUACCACUACCACAGCUCAGGGUUCUUCCGCGAGUGCGCCAAGUGGGAUGAUCUAAACAGUCGAUUCCUCGUCUCCUUCAUGGAAGGUGGCAUCGGCGAGAUCGCCCUCCCCGAAGAUCAUGGAUCGUCAAUGGAAGAGGCUGUUUUAAAGGAAGUCACGGUGGUUAAAGACCCUGACUUGACCGGGAACUCUUCUCUUGGUAUCGUGGUUGACCGGCCGAGGAAUCGCCUUCUGGUGGCGAUUAGUGAUGUGUUAGGGAACAAUUACAACGCCCUUGCUGCUUAUGAUUUGUCCACGUGGGAUCGUUUGUUUCUUACCAGACUUGGUGGCUCAGGCACGUUAUUAUCCUUAUUCUUUUGCUCUUCUGGUUCCUUUCCUUUUGUUUUUUUGGCUAACCACUGUUCCUGUCCGAGUUGAAUUCGAUACAAUUUUUUAUUAAUGCCAUAGACGACACGCAGUCCAUUUUCUCGAGGGAUGUUAGGGCAAUUUCGUAAUUAAAUAGAAAAUAUAAUAAGGUUGCUACUUUCA